UGGAUGACCACCAAUGGGAUCCAUCUUAUAUCCAGCCUUCCAAUUAUCAAGGAUACACCAUGAGGAGUCAUCCACAGCAUCCAUAUGUACCAUCGCAUUUUGAUAUGGAAGAGAUGCAUCGUCAGCAACAUAGUUAUCAAGGUCCCACACCUGUGAUGCUAUCAUCACCUUAUUCUAAGAACGCUCAAUUUGCUUCAGGACAACCACUAGAUUCUACCAUAAUGUCUUCAUCAUCCGCCCCCAGUCAAGGAUCCGCGGGUUCUUCUUCGAUACAGGGCAGCACGAAGCGUGGCUCUGCGCAUAGAGCGAACUCCAGUCCAUAUCGUCAACCUCCAAGUAGAGCAGCAAGGAAACAGCAACAACAAAGGAGUGAAAGCGAUGAUACAGAUCAGUCACAGACACCGGCAAAACCUCGAACAGGUCGAAGCAAGAAGCCUGCUCAUGAGCUGUUGACCGAAGCAGAAAAGAAGGCUAAUCACAUUGCCUCAGAGCAGAAGAGGCGUCAGAAUAUCAGGGUCGGCUUUGAUCAGCUUGUUGAAAUUGUUCCCACUUUGAGUCAAAGCCAUCGCAGUGAAGCCAUCAUUCUACAGAAAUCUGUUGAUCACAUACAUCGAUUAGUCGCCACUAAGAAUGAACUGAAGGACCGUGUUCGUGAACUGCAGUCGGUGUUAGGUGAACUGUAACCCUCCGGAAGACGAUUCCUCUGAAGAUGAAAUCAACUAUUCAUACUAGGCCGCUCCUUACCACAGCUACUGCCAUAUCCUGCUUUUGAAACAUAUUCAAUUCGUCCAUCCUUCCCCCAAAUCAACCAUCUCCGUUCACGCUCUCCAAUUUGCACGCUACAGAAGCUCUCAUUCCCCCCACUCACACCUCAUAUACUUGUAUAUUGCUUCUUAUCAACCCCACUGUAAGAUACUUUCAUGCGAUAGAACUAUCUGACGACAUAAAAUCUACGAUUUGUUUUCGUUUUCAACUCAAU